UCCAUCCUCUCUCCCAUUCGCAUUCCCUUCGAUACUUCGCCGUCUCUGUUCUGUAGCACAUCUUUUGGGAGUACUACUUCGCCUUCUUGAUUGCUGUCUCAUCGGGGAAGCAAAUCCCAUCUUUUCGGACGGCAAUUUCUGUGAUCUUUAUGAGCAUCGCCCCUCAUCUUCUCCGAAUCUGCUUCCUCCAAUCCUUCUCCGUCGUGUUCCUCUACUGGUUUUAUGUCUUCUCGUGAGCUAAGUUUGUGAUCCAAGGCAGCCGUCUCUUUCCCUCUCUCUCUCUUGCCACUGAAUCCCUCGACGAAGCUUUCGUAGUAAGGGUAGGAUAGGAUGUCAGCCGCACGGAGCCGCCAGAGUUUGCUCGCGGUGAACGAGAGGACGCAGAAGAGGAAGCUGUCCAACCGGGAGUCGGCGAGGCGGUCGCGGAUGAGGAAGCAGCAGCACCUGCUGGAGCUGACGAGCGACGAGACUCGGCUGAAGUUGGAGAACAGGCAGAUACUGGAGCGGGUGGAGAGGCUGGCGCAGGGCCACCAGUGGCUGGAGUCCGAGAACGCCGUGCUCAGGGCGGAGGUGGCGGAACUGGCCGAGUCGCUGCGGUCGCUCGAGUCGGUGCUCUGCUACGCGGAGGAGUUCGACGGGGUGGCGACGGACGCGGUUAAGCCCUCGGAUCAUCUUCUCCGUCGGUGGCCGCCGGCUUGCGUCAUGGCGUCAGCUUCGGACGCCAUGCUCUUCCUUGUCUGACCUCACGUAAACCUCCUUCGGAUAUGCUCUGUUUCUCUCCUCCUCCUUUCCAUACAACAUUUAGAGGAAAUGAUAACUCUUUUAAUUUUGUUUAAAUUAAA